GUCAACUGAUAUCCAUUCUUACCAUUUCGCCUUUUUUCUACUGUUAAUUUCCCCGAGUCUUGUAUGUUUCAAACAUAUCACUUUUUUAUUUUUUACAGAGGUGGGUAGGAGUGAACGACAUCUGCCUCCAGUUAGCAGACUUCUUCUUCUCAUAGCUCAUGUGAUGAUCCGUGAUUAUGUGAACACCAUCCUCGCCUUCUUCUCCAAGGACCAUUCCUCACAUCCUCACUCCAGAGAGACAACCUGGGUGGCAGACGCAGGGAAGACCAGACGGGUCAACAUACGUGGAGGCGUUCGAGACGAGGAUCAACCACAACCUAAUACUUACACCUCCAGAGUUACCACAACUACAACCACAUCUACAGCCACGUCAAAGACAUCUACAGCCACAGCUUCGACCACCACAAUCAGUCCAGAUCCUCUCUCCUUCGCCAUUGUACUAGCCUCAUUCAUCGGCCUUGUUCCGAGGGCGCGAGGCUUGGGGCCAGCAGGGUCCUGGAGAGACGCCCGCACGCUGGCCUCCGCCACUCUUCCCGUGGUCGCUGAGGUCACCCUUAUCACCGUAUACUGCCAGGAGAUCCUGGGAAGCCCAACAGUUCUAGGCUACACCACCGUGCAGCGACUGGCCGAAGUCCUAUACUUCCUCAUUGCCUUCUCCUGCCCAUGUGUUAUUGUGGCUCUCUUGUGGCAUGGCAGCUCUUCACUCCUCAGUUUGAUUUGGGAGUUGAGAGAAAGUGGCAGAGGUACCGAAGGCAGGGAAUGGGGAGGGUUCUGUAUGAUGGUGUUACCGGCGGUGAUCAAUUCUUCAUUCUGUGGGCUCUGGUACAUCAGAGAAUUCUGCCGAUUCAACACCGCGGCCUCUCUACAGGUGAUGUUCACAGUGGCCUUCGCGUGGACGCAAGUGAUAACAGUGUUGCCUCUUCUUCUUCAACUGCUUCUCACCUGUCGUCUUACUGCUCGCCUUGAAGCCCUGACCUGUAACCUCUCUCACACCCUCACAACUCUCAGUCAGUCCACUUCUAUCCACCUUCCUCUGUACCAUCCUCGAGGGACUCAGAUCACUUCAAAUCACAUUUUUCACAGUUAUUCGACUCCAGGACGUCUUCUUCCCUCGUCCUAUUCUUAUUCCCCGAACUUCUCACCACUACCUGAACCUCAGCACAGCCAUACCCACCUCCUUACUGCCUCCAAGAUCCGGGAUAUCCAAGACACCGCCAAGAAGAGUCCAGAAACCAUCCCCGGAGUAGAGAAGAGAGGAGAUAGCGGAGCCUGUCACCUGCAGGAGUUCGCCAACGAGCACCAGCACUUACGGGAGGUAUUCAAUCGACUGUGUGACGUUCUGGGCCCUACCAUCCUCCUCUCCCAUGUUCUUCUGGUCUACACAGUGAUCAUGGGCAUAUUCACCUUCGUCUUCAGCUUCAAGCACCUGCUGAAUAACGACCUGGCCCUUCUGGUGGGCAUCGUUCUUUCUUGCCUGGUCACCCCUGCUGCCCUCUACCUGUCGGGGGCCAGAGCCGACCGCCUUACAGAUCAAGCGAGUGCCCACCUUCCCUUGCUAGUGAGAUUUCAUCACUUAAGACAGGACCACAGAAGCUUUUCACAGGAGGCUUGCAGAGGCGAAGCAGGUGUGGUGGGGGCAAGCACAGGACGACCCUGGGUGUUCACGGUGUGUGGGCUCUACACUGUGAACCGGGGCAACCUACCUGCUAUUGUUCAAGCCGUCACAUCCUACUUGGUGAUACUUCUUCAGUUCUACUUUUCAGAGCUGUAUAAAGAGUAUUGAGGACAGGGAGGGGGGGGGGAGGGAUUAUCAGGGGAAAGCACCAAGCCAUUACGACUAUACAGCACUUGGAAGGGGUCAGGAUAAGGAUUUGGGAUGGGACGGGGGAAAGGAAUGGUGCCCAACCACUUGGACGGUCAGGGAUUGAACGUCGACCUGCAUGAAGCGAGACCGUCGCUCUACCGUCCAGCCCAAGUUUAGUUAAACACUUCUACUCAAACUGGUUGAGUAGAAGUGCUAAACUAAAUAUUGCUUUUGUAUGCAAAGUGCUAGAAAUGAUAGUCCACUAUAUCUGUACCCUGAAAUACAAGUGAAAUACAAGUAAUACCAUUCACUAAAUUUGUUGUAUUGUAAUGAAAUAAUUCACAUGCAAAACUGUUUUAUUCUUAUUUAGUAAAGAAGUUAAUAUGU